UGACAGUAAAGUACACCCGCUGCUUUCCUGAUCCUUGUUGAAAUGGCUGCUGAGAACUUCACCUCGGGUCCCACUGAAGCCCCUCCGAAUGACAGCAGCUGUGAUGUCUUCGUCUACCAGAGGGCUGCAGUGGUCCUCUUCCCUAUUUUCUACUCUGUGGUUUUUAUCAUCAGCGUGUGUGGGAACUGCCUGGUGCUCUGUGUCAUCUGCCAGAGGAAGCAGAAGUUCAACUCCACGUCGAUCUACUUGGUGAACCUCGCGCUGUCUGAUGCUCUUUUCACUCUGGCGUUGCCAGGUAGAAUCAUCUACUACGUCCGGCACUUUGACUGGCCCUUCGGUGACCUCCUCUGCAGACUCACCACACUUCUCUUCUUUGCAAAUACAUACGCAGGCAUUGGCUUCAUGACCUGCAUCAGCCUGGACAGAUACCUAGCUAUGGUGCAUCCUCACCGCCUGCAGUGCUUACGCAGCACAAAAGUUGUCCGCAGGGUCUGCUGCCUGGUCUGGCUUCUAGUAUCUCUGGAAGUCUCCCCGCUGUUAUUCCGCAGCAUGCUGCACGUGAGGGGAGAUAAGCGGACCUGCAUGGAGUACUUUAACUUCGAGGGCUCUCGCUACACCCCUUACCUCUUAAUCCUGGCAUGCUUUAUCUCGUUUUGCUGCCCGCUCACUGUCAUAAUGGCGUGCUACGCCAGGAUCAAUCUGAAACUGCGGGAUGCGGCCAAGAAGAACUCUGUGACGGGCCGAACGAGCCGAAACCACAGGGCCAACACGAUCAUCCUCCUCAUCCUCCUCACGUUUGUCCUCUGCUUCAGCCCGUACCACCUCAACAUAAUGCAGUUCAUGUUCAGAAAGAUCAGCCAUCAGCCGACUUGCGAGGAACUCACAGCCUUUAAGAUGUCCCUGCAGAUUACGGUCUCGUUAAUGAACGUCAACUGCUGCCUGGAUCCUGUCAUCUACUUCUUUGCCAUAAAGACGUACAAGAAGCGAGUGAUGAGCCUGUUUAAGGACUAUCUGUAUACUUCCGCCGCCUCCUCCAAAGUGACAGCCGAGAAUAGCAGCAGCAACACCUGAGCCAAACCACAGAGAAAAACCUAACUUAAGGGGUUAUAAAAAGACC